UCGCUCUUCUGCUGCACAGCUGACGUCCAUCUCGCUGUCUCGGCCUUCCGGAGGCGCAACGAGACGAGAUAAUCCAGCACACGCGCGCGCGCUCGCUGUACGAGCUAAAGUUUAUCCGCGCAGUGAGUCUAUCGUCGUCAUCGCGUAUCGUCUUUUCCACUUGCCUUUCACGUCCAGUAGUGCGUGCGUAUACACCUGUAUAGCCAUCAUUUAUAUAGUGCUCUCAGUAUAGAAACUGUAGAAAGUAUACGUAUUAGAAAGAGCUGCUCCGUUUUGUAUUACGGAGCGCGUGCGUGUGUUAAAGUAAAAGUAUACUUAUACACUUGGUUACUCGCGGUGUGUCAAGUCUGUACGCAAAUAUUGAUAAUACUCGAAUCAGUGCGAGUAAUCGAAAUAGUCAGCAUACGGGAUGAUUAAUUAUGCAUCUGAGAUCGGCUGUUUUUUCGCGCACGGCUUAACCUUGAAUAAGCGCGCCGCGGUGCCUCUUAUCGCGUAUGAUUGAAGAUAACAUUUCGUAAUUCUCAUUCAGGUUUGAGGAAAAUCUCGACCGACGUGUUUUUUGUUAUCUCUAUACCUGCGAGCGUGUGUGUGUACAUCAUAGCCGCACACACCGGAUCGGUAAUUAGCGUCUUGACGUUAUAUGCCUACACCGAAUCAAUCUCGUCGUAGUGGAGCGAAGGACAGCACACUGCGCUUGUAUUGGAGGAUCGAGUUUUUUUCUACUCAGCAUAAAUAAAAACGGCUUUUGGUUGUGCACUUCCUUUUUUGCGGACAGACGGGGGUGUGGUAUAUACGACGGCGCCAGUAGAUCAGCGAGCUUAUUUGAUGGCGUGAAAGCGGAAAAAAGCCAGGAGAUCCAGCUCACGCAACGCGAGGAGGAGGAGGAGGAGGAGGAGGAGGAGGAGGAGGAGAUUUUUCCACGCAUUUGUUGGUACAUUUUUCACCACAUACGCACAACGACGUCCGCAAGAGAAAGAGAGAGAAAUGGAGAUUCUGACCAGGCACUACGACGUCCUAGAGAAGAGGAUUCUGAGCAGCCUGGCGGGCAACGAUCUACGUCAUCGAACUACAGACUGCAGCGGACUAUGGCUUGGACCAUUGAUUGGUUUGAGCGCUUUGAUAACUUUUUUGAAGGAGGAUACCAGUUAUUCAGAAAUAUGCCUAUUAACUGGUAUCGCAGGAGGAAGCUUGGUGAUCAGCUGCGUAUGUCUGUAUACUCGACUGAUGACAGCUAAUGUAGCAGCCAAAGACUUUCAUGUUGUAUAUUUUUUACCUGCCAUAAUGUUGUCAACUUUGUUUCUACUCCUUGCUAAUAAAGGAUUACUAGUAAGUGUGACAUGGGGUCUCACUGUUGGAAGUUUAAGUACAUGGGGUGUCAUUCAGCUCAUGUCUAAUUUACCUGGUUGCUUCACACUGGGUGAGGCAACAGCAGUUAUGCACGGCAUUGUACUUUUUUUACUAUCUACCUUCACAAAUUUGCCAUUGAGGUAUCACUUACCUCCUAUUCAUGAUAAUGAUAUUGCAACUGCAAUAUUGCAGGUGAUAAUACUGUAUAUUUUAGCAAUUUGCAUGUUAUGUGCAAAUUUUCCUAAAUUGCGUGGGCCAACUCAAUUUUACUUACUAGUUAUUGGAAUGCUACUUGUUAUAGUUUUACCUGCUUUGCAUAUUAUACUUGAUCAAAGUCCUGUCCUUUGGAUACUGUCAUUUAUAUUCAGCACAAGUGACAGAAUUUUAUUACUGUUAUAUUGGGCUGGAUGCUUAUUUAUUGCUUCAGUUGCUGUAGUUUUUCAAGUCCUUAGAAAUUCUCAAGCAACUACUUCAGUCAGAAAGAUCUUUCACGUUUUGGCAGUUAUGGUUUAUAUUCCAGGCUUGAUCUGGCAACCAACUUUCUUAUAUUUAGCAAGUGGUGUUGUUUUAACACUGUUCUCAUUGAUUGAGCUUCUAAGAAUUUUGAAUUUACCACCAUUGGGAAGCUUUCUUCAAGAUGGUUUUUCAUUAUUUGCUGAUGAAAAAGACUCAAUGAUUUCAUUGACUCCAUUAUACUUGCUAAGUGGUUUAUCAGCAACUCUGUGGAUGCCUACUGAAAGCAUGGGAUUGUUACCACUGAUGAGCGGUGUUUUGACAAUUGGAAUAGGUGACACUUCUGCCAGCCUUGUGGGGAGUCAUUGGGGAAAGCACAAAUGGAUGGAAUCUGAAAAAUCGAUUGAGGGUACAAUUGCCUGUGUAGUUUCUCAAUUGAUCGUAAUAUUUGGACUUGCUACUUUUGGAUAUGUAGAAAGUACGUCAUUACUAGUCAGGAGCGUAUGUUCCGUGAUUUUGGUAUCACUCGUUGAAGCUCGUACUGAACAAGUAGACAAUCUGGCGUUGCCAUUCCUAAUGUACCUGUGCCUUACAUUUUAAACUUCUUUUCGAAUGUUUGUAAAAGAUGUUUAUUUUCUGACGAUAAUGAUUGCCAACGUCACGUCAGCAAAACAACUUUUUUAAGACACUAAAAAAUUUGACCAAGGAUGCGUUGCAUCUCUUUAAUGAUCAAACGUAGCUUUAACACUUACUUAUUAAAAAUGCGCCGAAAUCUUUUUUUAUUCGGUGUAAACGAUCAGCAUGCAGAUGUUCAGCUGUUAACUUAUUACAAUCAAAUAAUUUUGUUUCUUGUUGAAAGUCUUUAUAUAAACUAUAUGUAUAUACAUAGCUAUAUAUAUAUAUAUAUAUAAUGUUUUGCUUUUACCGACUAUAGUAUGAUUAGAUGAAUGGAUUUUAUAAAUAAUGUGUAUAUUAUAUAUAUAUAUAUAUAUAUAUAUAUAUAUAUAUAUAUAUAUAUAUAUAUAUAUAUAUAUAUGCCAAGCAACGAAUGGUUUAUAGAGUAAUGUUCAUAAAAGUUGUGCCUAAGAAUUCUUUCUGUUAUAUUACAAAUUAUUGAUCCUAGCAUUCCUAUUAAUGCACUUUUCUAACAUAUACAGUUAAAAGAUGAAGAGAAAAAAAAUUUAGAAAUCGCAAGGCCUAUAUGUCAAUGCGCCAAAAUGUAUUACGAUAAUAAAAUAUUUUUCUACUGGAAUACAACUAAAAGUCUUAAGUUAUCUUUCAGAUUUGUCAUUUCCGUUACGAUGCGAUUAAAAUGUAACUUUACAAGGUAAAGGAUAUAAAGUUUGUGAUAUAAAGUUAGACUGUAUAAAAAAGCGCUAUUUGGCGCGCAAACGUCGAAGCGCAAUUUACUCGCUGUAUCUGAGAUCUACAUAAGUAUUAGGUCCGAUAUAAGGAAUAGAUAAUAACUAACAGUUUUAUUUUUAAACGUUUUUAUUGACCGCACAGCCUUAAAAUCUGUCCACUCAGUCAAACACCAUGCCCAACUGUCGGGUCGAUGUGCAUCCUGGUGGAACGCGAUAAAAAACAUUGUCGGGCCACGUAUCAAGUUCUUCCGUAAUACUUAGCAAAUGUGUCAAUGGAUAAAUAAAAAACUUACAAAAUGUUCACUAAAGAAACGCUCUUUUGAUGCGUACAAUACAAACUGUUCCUUAUAAUGCCGUUUACAGCCGGAUCAUCUUUGAUCGUAUGUAAUAACGAAAAUUCUGUUUCCACAGAUGUAUAUGCGUGUAGAACGGAAAAAAACUUCUCCACAUAUGUAGUCUUGCUGAAUUUCGCAGCACUGCGCAUCGACAAUCAAUAUCAAUUUUAUAUUAUAUUACAGCGGUUUUUCAAGGUUUCACGAAGCCCAUACAAGUUCGGUCUUAGAAUCUCUCUCGAAAAUUUCUCAUAGUUCUUUUUUUACGGUCGUUAGACAAUUGCAUUACUUUCUUUGGACUCCGUGAUUACCAAAGAAGCACAAUUAUUCCUAAAGAUACACACUACUCGUUACAUUUGUAAUUUCUUUUAUAAUCUGCUGUUACGGCUUGUAUAGCAGUUAAAUAAAUAUGCUGAUACUCUUGAGUA